GGUAUUUAUACGAUUUAUUUUUAGUUACUUGUAAAUUAUACUUUAUGAUUGAAAUUAGUUUUCCUUUAAAUAAUGAUUUUAACGAAUUUUGCGUUUCUUUAUACUUCAAUUCAGGAGCGUCCUGAAUUAAAGCUAUCCUCUCAUGAGAGGAAGGUCCACAGUUUAGGCAAGCCUGUCCCUGCCAUUGAGGGACUUAUUGCUGAUACAGGACUAAGUCCUCUGUUCGCGUGUUCGGUAGACACCGGCGAUCGAGGACUUUUGUCUGCCUUUGUGGAGCGGUGGCACCGGGAGACGUCUAAUUUCCAUCUCCCGGUGGGAGAGCUCACCAUCACGCUGGAUGAUGUCUCCUCGCUUCUCCAUCUGUCCAUGAUUGGAGAUUUACACGCCUUUCAGCCCUUGCACGUGGACAAUGCGGUUCAGAUGCUGGUCGACUUGUUGAUGGUCUCUACAGAGUUUGCCAGGGCUGAGACAGCCCAGUGUCGUCGACCGUACGUAUGCCUGCAAUGGGUACGUGAUAUAUAUGAGCGCCGAUGCCAGACAGGUCAUUGGACAGCUGCGGCUCGCACAUAUCUUCUCCAUCUUCUGGGUUGCACUUUGUUUGCUAACAAUAGUGCAACCAAUGUGCAUGUUGUCUACUUGGAGGCCCUUCGUGACCUCAGUAUGACAGAGAGGUACGCCUGGGGAGUGGCUGCUCUGGUUCAUAUGUACGACCAGCUGAACGAUGUAUCUAUGAGCCACCGUCGACAGCUUAGCGGUUAUAUCACACUGCUGCAGUGCUGGAUUUACGAGCACUUUCCCUCUAUCGCGGAGUCCAUCGCUGAUCAGGACUACGACGAGGCUUUCCCGCGUGCGUGCAGGUGGAUUGCGACGAAGAAAACCGUGAAGAGCAUUCACACGCCGUCGUACAGGGAGCGCCUGGACCGACUCCGGAUUCCGGAUGUCUGUUGGAUCCCUUAUGAGGAGCUUGGAGAGGUCCGAGACUUCCACGUUAGAUCAUGCUAUUCCAGUCUCUUGCACUGGGGGCCUGUUGCUGUCCGCAGACCAUUCCUGCUCCUCCUGUCGAUUCAUGGGUCUCAUAUGAUGAUAUACACGACAGGUGGAUGCACUACGAGGAUCAUAUCGUACCAGCAGGUGAGGUGUGCGUUGUGCCAGGGGCGUGUUCCAGUGACUACAUGGACUGGUUCUUCCGCAUCUCCCAUUCUUUCAUGACACCAGGCCACGCAUUAGAUCCUCUGCCUCAUGGUCAUGCCCCGCAGCCCCGAGUCGUCCCUCAGGCCCCAUAGACGAAUAUCCCUCACGUGCCGGAGCUAGGAGCAUCGUCCACAUCUGCGGAGGAGCCUAGACAUGCAGUGGAAGUUUGUGAUGACAUUACUAAGAGGUUGGAGCGCCAUCUGAGUCUAGGGGUGGUCACGCUUGGCUCAUCGACACAUGAGGUGAUCGAAGAAUGCCUCAGAUUGAUCAAGAGUGUGACACAGGACCAUCUAGUAUACAUUAGGUGUAGACACAGGAGGCGCACUGAUCAGGCAUAGUUUAUGUACAUAUUUUAUAUUGAUAUUCCAUGUAUAUACAAAUAUUGUACAUGAACUCAUUU